GUGGAGGAGCGCACUGAGCAUGCUCCAACCGGCUGGGAGGGUGAGCGCGAGAGUGUGUGUGUGUGUGUGCACGCAUGUGUGCGUGCCGGAGUGCAGGAGGAGUGUGUGUAUGUGUGUGCAGUGACUCCGGCGCCACGAGCCGGGCACGGAGCUCGAGACUGAAGCAGAGAUAAGAAGGCAGCAUGACAGCAGGUCUGUUUGGUCCAGUUUAGAAGCAGCAGAGCUUCUGGAGGAGCCCAGCCUGACUCACAGCUGAUCUUAUGCGGUGGUGGAGCUGCUGCUGCUGGAGACUGGAGCCCGGUGCUGGGAGCUGCUCUGCCUCAUGCGGACUGCAGCAGCAGCAGCAGCAACACAGGAGGAGGAGGACAGAAGGACAGACGGACGCAGUCUCCUCACACACACAGCCUUCCCUCCAUCCUCAGUGUCUACAGGACAGGACAGCACAAGACAUGGCCUGUGGCUGCUAAUCUGAUCUGUCUUCCUCAUCCAGAAACAGCACAGAGCAGCCAGUAAACAGGAAGGUUUCUAAAAGACAUUCCCUUGAACUAAAAAUAAACAUCUUGCCACAUGACUAGUAGUAAAAGGAAGAAAACUGUCCACCUCAUUCUUCCUCAGUCUGCUUCAUCAAAAUGAUGGAAAUGCCACAGUCUGCAGAAAUUCUUUAAUUGUACGUGGAGAUGUGACCUGAACCAGGGCAUGAUGGGAAGCGAGUCCAUUCCAGAAGCUUUCCAGAGGCUUUAAAUAAACUUGCACAAAUAACUAGAUCUCAAUAUAGAUCUUAAUCCAGCACCAUGGAGAACUGCAACACCUCCAGUCCUUCACCUAAAGCCUCCAUCAGCUUCCAGCUGCACUCUACACAGCCUGCGCAACAUCCAGAAGCAUCAUCUCGAACCACUGCAACUCCAGACGAGCUGGGCCAGCAUGUGUGUGCAGCUCUGAGUCACAGCAUGGCCAGUAAGCAUGUGAAGCACUUCCAUUCUUCUUCUCCCUCCACUUCAGUGCCAGUGUCUGGCCAAGGGACUCCUUGCAGAGGGUGCCGGCGCCCUUAUGGUUCCUCUAGGUCGUCCGAGCCUGGCCACAUGUCCGUGGUCACCUUUAGCUACAUAGAGAAAGCGAAUGUCAAGAAAGUGGAGAGCCCGCACAACACACCAAGACAGGAGGCCGCUCAGCCUCAAAAAAGGUUCAGUGACUUGGCCUGGUCUCCAGGCACCUGCAGCAAUAACAGUCCAAAUCACCAGCAGGCUGGCUCACCAGCUCUGAACCGGGCCACCGUAGACUCCGUGGGCAGAGCAGCUACGCGACGAGCCCUGGAGGACUUUGGGUCGCCCCAGCUGAGAUCUAAAUUUGCCCGAGGUUCAGACUGGAGCCCUGUGGGCCGACACAACCAGCAAACACGAUGUCAGUCAUGGUCAGGUACACCUGUACCCGGCCUUGGCACCCAUGCAAGCAACCAUAAUGCAGAUAAUGCAGAGGCUUCAUGUGGCCUGGCCAAGAGCCCAGCCACAAACCGCCUUUCAUUCAAUAUGGACCACUCCAACCUUCCCUUAGACUUGGACUUGACCCAACACUCAAGCCCAAGACUUAAAAAAGGCUCAAACCAGCACCAGCUAACCCAGCAUGGCCCAUCUAGCCCCAGCCAGAAGAAUAGCAGUCUUCUCUCAGGUCAAAAAGGCAGUUUGGUCUUUACAAACACACACGCCGAAGGUCUAAACCAGCUCAGUGGCAGCAAUACGUCGUCAGCAAUGAACAGUCCAGAGGUAGCUCGCAGGCUAGCAGAGGAAGCCACCAGAGUGUCGGUUAUUUUCGACGAGGUCAGGAAAUCUCCUUCCCAUGGACAGCCAUCAUAUCACUCAUCUCAUCAUCAGAGCCCAGUCAUUAAAAUGAACAUCCCGGUGAAUGGACCACAUUCCGAAAUCCCAAUAACAAACGGGGCGUCUCCUUGUGCACAAGAGUACUCAAGCAGUCAGAGCUCAGAAGCAAGAUGCGAACUGCCACAGCAGAACACCAAUCAUCUCCACAGUUCAAUCCCAUUAGGAGGAACCCCCGACUGCCCAGACUCCCCAGGCAUCCCAUCAAGACUAAUGCGUCCGUGGCUUUCCAAAGCAGAUGAGAGCUCCCCCUUACGAGACCCUCGCUUGCAUCGAGGCGAUGUCUCCAUAAGCACAGAAAGUCCCACACUGCACCGACGGAGACCACCACAGUACACUGGUUGGCCCUGCGAGGAACCCUGGGAGUCGUUCCCAGACAGGUGUGGCGAGGCCAGAGUUGACCAUACCUCGUCAGACAGCGUGGAGAUCUCCAGGAGGCUGCUUAUUGGUCAGCGGAUCGAGGAGGCACCGAUCAGUUGGACGUCUAUGCAGAUGUGGAGGGAGCAGAACGAGAAAGAAACGGACAUGAUUAGACCAAGAGAGAAGAAAAGAGAGAGCGAGAGAAGAGCGAGAGAUCAGCUAGGUGAGGUGGAGAAUGUGGUGGUUAGAGGAGAGGAUGAUGUUGCACAGAGUGUGGUGUGUAGGGAGGAGAGGAUGGAGGACAGGGCCGUGUUGAACCAGCAGCAGAGGCAGGCAGAGUGGAGGCGUCGGCAGGCUCUGCUCCUGGGGCCUGUGGUCCUGGAGGGGGAGAACGAGGAGAGGGCUGAAGGAGAGCAGAAUGGAGUACCAGGGUCUUCUCCAAGCUCCAGUGGGGUCACUGGGAGUCUUGGGGACAGAGAAUGUAUAUCUCCAGAGUCCAGCAGCAACAGCAAUCAGACAGAACAUGCCAGCUCAGGGAUACAGUCGGAUGGCAGUCCUCCGGUCCUGGGGCCGUCUCUGCACUGUCAGAAGAUUGCUAGAGCUAAGUGGGAGUUCCUGUUCGGCACCACGACAGAGACCACUGCCAGUGAACGGGUGAAGAAUGUCUUAGAUCCGUCUACAGCGCCCCCCAGUGGCCACUCCACCCCAACCCCACCUACUACCCUGCCGCUGGAGGAGCUCGCUCUCCGAGCCAAUCACGAUGUUCAGCACGUGGAGGUGGAACUUGUAACCCCGCCUCCCGCGGCUCCAGGCACCUCCCCCAAAACAGGUAUAAUUCGGAGGACGCUGAAGUACUCUGAAACCGACCUGGACGCCGUUCCGUUACGGUGCUACCGAGAGACGGACAUAGACGAGGUGCUGCUGGCCGACAAGGACGACUCUGACUCAGCGUUCGGCAGCAACCGCAGCGUGAUGGGCACCUCUGGUACCGGCAGCAGUCCGCUGGGCGGAACGCCAUAUGAGCAGACAGAUGGAGAGGAGGAGGAGGAGCAGGAGGAAGAGGAGGGGGGAGAGGAGGAUGAAGAGCAGGAGGAGGAAGAGGAAGAAGAUGUAGCCAGCUGGGCCAGUGUUCGGACACAGGGUGAUUUGAGGAGGCAGGAGCAGGAAGAGGCGGAGCUUCUCAGCAUGCUGCUCAGAAGACCGGCUGAGAGCUUCUUCAGGUGUCAUCCUGCGCUGAAGUCUCCGGUUCUGGUUCGGGGUCCGCAGCGCGUCACUGGGGACAACCUGGACACCUUCAGCCGCCAUUUUGAGAGCAUCAUGGAAUCCCAUCGAGCCAAAGGAACCUCCUACAACAGUCUGGACAGCCUGGACCUUCUGACCUCCAGCACCCAGACCGUGCUGACGUUCGACCUCCCGACGCUGACCCCGCAGGUGAAGGGUCAGAUGUACCAGAGUGCGCGGCAGAUCGUGGAGCUGAGCUUCGCUCCGCUGGCGCAUGUUGAGAUGCCUGAGAUGACGGAGUCGGCACUGACCGUCACCAUGGACUCGGACGCAACGAGGGCACCGUCCAGCGAACGCCUGAGCAGCGGCUCUGACGACAGAUCAGCCGGACACAGCUGGACCAGCAAUCCUGUAUAUAUACUGCCCAGGGAGAAGUCUUCGCGGCUGGCCGCUGAAAUUGACUUGGAUCAGGAGCUGAGCGAGCGGCUGGGAUUAGGGAGCAGCGACACACUGACCAAUGGGACCCGUGCUGACCUGGAGGCUGCUAAACGAUUGGCCAAACGGCUCUUUAACCUCGACGGCUUUAGGAAGUGUGAUGUGGCUCGCCACUUAAGCAAGAAUAAUGACUUCAGUCGGAUGGUGGCAGAGGAGUACCUGGGUUACUUUAAUUUUACUGGACAAACUUUGGACCAAGCACUGAGGAGCUUUUUGCUAGAAUUUGCCCUGAUGGGAGAAACUCAGGAGAGGGAGCGAGUUCUGGCUCAUUUCUCACGACGGUACCUGCAGUGCAACCCCAUGCUCCUGCUGUCUGAGGGUACGUCUCUGAGAGAAAGAGAGAGAGAGAGUGACAGUGUCCACACACUGACCUGCGCCCUGAUGCUGCUCAACACGGACCUGCACGGCCAGAACAUUGGAAAGCGGAUGUCCUGCACUCAGUUCAUCGGGAAUCUGGAGGGACUGAACAGCGGCCAUGAUUUCCCAAGAGAGCUCCUUAAGGCCCUGUACAACUCCAUCAAGAACGAGAAGCUUCAGUGGACGAUUGAUGAGGAGGAGUUGCGUAAGUCUUUUUCUGAGUUGGGAGAGCAGAGGGAGGAAUCGAAUUCCAGAGGGAUGAAGAGAACGGGCAGUGGGAUCGUUCCUGCAUCCGGCGCUCUGCUCUACAAGACCGGCUUCCUGGUGCGCAAAGUCCACGCCGACUGUGACGGCAAACGGACUCCGCGAGGGAAGCGAGGCUGGAAGACCUUCUAUGCUGUUCUGAAGGGUCUCGUCCUGUAUCUCCAGAAGGGUGAGUACAGGCCUGACAAGCGGCUCUCUGAUGAAGAUCUGAAGAACGCCGUGUCCAUCCACCACUCCCUGGCCAUCAGAGCCACUGACUACCAUAAACGACCCAACGUUUUCUACCUGCGCACGGCCGACUGGAGAGUCUACCUGUUCCAGGCUCCGAACGCAGAACAAAUGCAGUCUUGGAUCACUCGCAUCAACACAGUUGCUGCCAUGUUCUCUGCCCCGCCCCUGCCAGCUGCCAUCGGCUCACAGAAGAAAUUCAGCCGCCCGCUGCUGCCAGGCUCAGCCUCCAAACUCUCGCAGGAGGAGCAGGUACAAGCUCAUGAGGCUCGUUUUCAUGCCACCUCCACGGAGCUGGCGGAGCUCCGCUCGUACCCGCCUGACCGAAAGGUUAAGGGCCGAGAGCUGGAGGAGUACAGACUGAGGGAAGAGUACCUGGAGUUUGAGAAAACGCGGUACGAGACGUACAGCAUGCUGCUGAGAGCUAAGCAGCGCUGCGGAGACGACAACCUGUCGGUGUUUGAGGCCAUGCUGCUGGAGGAGGGUUCUCUGCAGAGGGCUCAGUCCAGCCCGACCCUGCAGGAGAGCAGCCUGACCUGCAGCACCAGAGACGGCCCCAGCACGGCCAGGGACCCCCCGGCCACGGGGAACGGCACCGGAGCAAGCUGCGCCCGCGGACAAGGCCAGAGACACAGCUACCGGCAGGCCGUCAAAAAGUGACCCCUUCCCACUCUGUACUGGAAGCGCUUUGUGCUGGAGAAGAAGCGAGGUCUUUCUCUUUCCUGUGCACGCCCUCCUGCAGGACACGGUGGCACAGGCUCUCUGUGCAGACUCUGUGAUUGGCCUGCUGGUGAACCAUCUCCUGGGUAAAACCCAGAGUCCUGGGUGGUGAUGUGCGUUUGGGGAGAGCGUGGAGGGGGCAGAGGAAAGCGUUUGAGACAUUGAAGGACGUUUAUGUUGACCUGAAAGAGGUGGAAGGAUGUACUGUGAUGUGUACUAGAUAUGAGAGGAACUAGAGGGUCGAAGGAACACUUGAACUCUUCUUCUAUCGUCGUCGUUCUGCCGUCUGCUCUGUGGAUCCACACACUCUCCAAUCGCCUCAGACCUGGGACCAAACCUCCGCUCGAUACCUUUAAAAUGACUGUUAGCAUCCCAAUCUUUCACACCAUGCAGGGGCCAUCAUAGACAGUGCACCUCUCAGCUUCCCUGCAUGUACAGUACCUUUCCGUGUCGUGAUGAUCGUCAGUAGAUGAUCUUUGACGAUCUUUGCUUUGACGAUGAUCUGCAAGUCAUUCCUUGCUCUUCUUUUUUUUGUCGUAUCAAAUCAUACUACCUGUUUAUCUCCAAUGUUAAUUCCAUAGCAGCAGGGCUUGUCACAUUCCACAUUCAGAGCAGUGCACUCAACAGGGAGCGUCCAUAGGUGGACUCCUGGAUAAAGAUUGUGAAAGGUUGUGAAGACAGUAGGACAGUGGUAAGUAGGACCAGGACUGAGCUUCACAUCGGCUCUCAGAGAGCUGUCUGUGCUUCUUCUGUACAUACAGUCCACGCCUGGGCUAAUACGUCCUACAGACCCCCUUUUGAUAUCUAUCCCAGUGCUUCGGGUGCAGAUACGCUGUACAUCAAAUUGGGGCUAUAUUGGAUCUCAACCGCUUGACUUGAAUGGUCAUCAAUCCCAGUUCCAGUUCCAGAGUUGCACUGGAAUGACUCGAGCUGAUUUCAUAUAUAUGUAUAUUGAGCUGAUUGUCCUGAAUGGUAGACAGAUCAUACCAUUUUGACUCCAGUUUUUCUUUUCCCCAUUCCAGAACGUCUCUUGCACUUAACGUUAACUAUUAUUACUAUGAGACAUUUUACAUUUAUUCUACAAUCUCAAAUAAAAAAAAAUUGGGACAGAAUGGAAAAAGCAAAUUUACAGAAAAUCCAAAUGUUUCUUACAGUGUUUCCUUUGACUUUCAUUUGAUUACAGACAGUAUAAACUCAAGAUAUUUUGUUUUUUUUUUAUCUACUCAACUUCUUCUUUUCAUUCAUUAUUAAUAUUAAUGCAUUCCAGGCCUGCAACCUAUUCUUUGGUGAAUAAAAUUGGGAAGGCUGGAGGGGUGCUGGAACCUAUCCAAGCCAGCAUCGGGUGGAAGGCAGUAUACACACUGGACAGGCCACCAAUCCAUCAAACAAUACCCAAUCAGCCUGAACCGGCGGAAACCCACGCAGACACGGGGAGAAAGACCCGGGUCACCCCAGCCGGGAAUCAAACCCAGGUCAUCUUGCUGUGAGGCAACAGCUCCACCGUGCCACCCCGCAGUUGUUAUGUAAGAACUAAAAUCGUAAUUACAUAUCUUUUCUUUAUUUGCAGAAUAUUAAGAUUUUUUUUUUAUUGUCCAGCCCUAUUUUCCUUUUUCAGAUUUUUUUUUUUAACCUUUAGCCCUAAAUUGACCCUGACCCAACUAUUAUUGGAAUGUGUUGCAGGCCUGAAAUGCAGGUAUGGAUGUAUUAUAUUAAUGAAUAAAUAGGAAAUUAAGCAGAUAAAACUGCAAUCACAUAAAAGUCGAAAAGAAACCUAUUUUAAAAUGAUUAUAAUCAAAUUAUUGCAUUAAAUGCAAUUUCCAUAUGGUCCCAAUUUUUUCCCCCUGGUUUGGGAAUGUACGUCUCUAGAGAGUUCCUUUAUUUACCUUGGAAUAUAAUUACUGUCCUUGUCCUUUUAUCGGUUCUCUUGGCUGAGUGUUCUUGUCCAUUGUGGCCAGCAUGGCUGAAUAGUGAUGGCUUGUUGUAAUCUCCUCUCUUCUGCAGAAAAAAGCAGCGAAUUCUAGUGGUGAUAUGAAAUAUACUGUGUGUAGUUUGGCUGUUCUGUUCUCUUCUGUUUCUCACCUCGCUUUCUCUGAAUGUCUCUGUAAUUUUUUAAUCACACCUUAGAUUCAACUUUUGUCCUUUGUUGUAGGGUGUGCGGAUGUGUAAGUGAGGGGAUGAGUGUGUGGAUGUGUGUGAGGGGAUGAGUGUGCGGAUGUGUGUGAGGGAAUGAGUGUGUGGAUGUGUAAGUGAGGGAAUGAGUGUGUGGAUGUGUAAGUGAGGGGAUGAGUGUGUGGAUGUGUAAGUGAGGGAAUGAGUGUGUGGAUGUGUAAGUGAGGGAAUGAGUGUGCGGAUGUGUAAGUGAGGGGAUGAGUGUGCGGAUGUGUAAGUGAGGGGAUGAGUGUGCGGAUGUGUAAGUGAGGGGAUGAGUGUGCGGAUGUGUAAGUGAGGGGAUGAGUGUGCGGAUGUGUAAGUGAGGGGAUGAGUGUGCGGAUGUGUAAGUGAGGGGAUGAGUGUGCGGAUGUGUGUGAGGGGAUGAGUGUGCGGAUGUGUGUGAGGGAAUGAGUGUGUGGAUGUGUAAGUGAGGGGAUGAGUGUGCGGAUGUGUAAGUGAGGGGAUGAGUGUGUGGAUGUGUGUGAGGGGAUGAGUGUGCGGAUGUGUGUGAGGGAAUGAGUGUGUGGAUGUGUAAGUGAGGGAAUGAGUGUGUGGAUGUGUGUGUGAGGGGAUGAGUGUGCGGAUGUGUGUGAGGGAAUGAGUGUGCGGAUGUGUGUGAGGGAAUGAGUGUGCGGAUGUGUAAGUGAGGGAAUGAGUGUGCGGAUGUGUGUGAGGGGAUGAGUGUGCGGAUGUGUGUGAGGGGAUGAGUGUGCGGAUGUGUGUGAGGGGAUGAGUGUGCGGAUGUGUAAGUGAGGGGAUGAGUGUGCGGAUGUGUAAGUGAGGGGAUGAGUGUGCGGAUGUGUGUGAGGGGAUGAGUGUGCGGAUGUGUGUGUGAGGGGAUGAGUGUGCGGAUGUGUGUGUGAGGGGAUGAGUGUGCGGAUGUGUAAGUGAGGGGAUGAGUGUGCGGAUGUGUAAGUGAGGGGAUGAGUGUGCGGAUGUGUGUGAGGGGAUGAGUGUGCGGAUGUGUGUGAGGGGAUGAGUGGUAAUGCUUGAUAAUACUGUAAAUCAAAUGUAUGUGGAAUGUAUUUGAUACAUGAUUAUGGCUUAUGAGCAUCCAUGUGUUCCACACCCGUACGACUGGAACGAGUUCUUAUUUUUUUCUGGUUGUAUUUUUUUCUUGUUUUUCAUUGCGCGCGUUUUAUGAAAAAUGUAAGACAAAUGUUUGAAAAAGGCACUGUGAUGAAGAACGGACAGGUGGAAGUGUGAUGUUAUGUAUUAUGUAAUUUAUAUGUACAUUAAUGCUGAGGCAGCGCUGUCUGUUAGAAUGUAAAUGUCUCCAGGAUGGAUCAGAAUGAUGGAACCUCAAAUGUUCCAGACCUUCUCAUCACAAUGUUCUUUAUUUAUUCUAUUGUAUUAUCUAUUCUAUUAUCUCUUUGGUUAAGCAGUUUCAGCUUAUGACAGUAAAUGAAGGUUGAGCACACGUGUCUGGUUUUCCACAUCUGUCCCUGAACCGAGCACCUGAGCAUCGAUUGAGGAGAAAGAAAUGAUCAAACUGUGUCGGGUUACCAAACGCCAAGUGUCUGAUCAGCUGGAAUCUCUGCUGUAGUGCCGUGAACGAACAAUCAAACUACCAAUCAAAGAAAAGAGACGCAAAAAGGUGUGAAUGUACUGUGCUUUUAUGCUUUUUUAGGAGUUCAGGCAAAAAAAACAAAAACGUCCAUUUUUACAGUAAAGCCAUUUAUGUUUACUCACGCUGAUUUAAGUACAACAUUGGCUGUUGCAGCACCACCAGUUAACCAGCAGAGAGCGCCAUAACACAGCUCAGCCAUAACUGUAGGAAGUGAUGAGUGACGUCAUUACUAUGGCUAUAAACUACACAGACUGUACACAGUGUGUAUCUCUGUAUUGUGUGUAAGUGAG